AUGGCGUGGGCGCCUGCCCCUGCGUCUUCCCCCUCCUCCCUGAGCCUCCUAACUGCUCCCGCUUGCUCUCCUUCCUCUCCUUCUCGCUUGGCCGGGUUGAGAAUUGCUCGCCAGGAUCCCAAGGGUGUUACCUGCUUGCAGUGCUCCGAGGGAUGCGAGAGGCGGCAGGUCCUGCAAGGGAUCGGGGCAUCUGUUCUUAGCUGGGCCCUGACGUCUGCUGCUCCUUCCUUUGCUGCUGUCAAAGACGACGUGACGGAGAAGGUGGAGAAGAUCCCGCUCGAGGUGCUGGCCGCCAUGGCUGGAGGAAGUGCGAAGGAGUAUGAGGAGGUCAAGGGAUCGUUUACCCCCCAGCAGCCCCUCGAGGGCAUCGAGCUUGAGCUGUUCCGCCUGUACAAGUACGCCACUACCAAGAUGGACGGCUCCGGCGAUCCCAGAACGAGCCUUCGUACUGUUUUCCUCUCCAAGGUGGGAGAUAGCUUAUUCAAAUACGCUGAAGACAACGGCAUCAAGCCUAAGGUCUACGACGCGAGAGGCGACGGGCUGACAAACGGCGGCAAGGGAGGAGUACUGAAGGGAUUGCGAGUACUGAUGGAGGGACUCAAGAAGCAGGGUCUCAUCGAGGACUUCAAUAUCGACACCUCCACCCACGAGGAGAUCCAGUGGCAGCAGGCCAACCCCAGCAGCAUUACUCUCACCACCAAGAAGCCGGUGGGCCUCGCGGCUGCUACCGCGAUGCAGGCGGAGAAGGACAGACUGAGUAUCUCCCUCCCCCUCGCCUUCGUGACUGGCUACCUCAAGCAGUGCAAGGUCAUCGCCACCGCUGAGGAGGUGCUGAGUGGAGACGAAGAGAAAUUGACUCUGAACCUCAACUGGGCGGGGAAGGCAAGGCUAGCUAGCAGCGUGGAGAGACGCGUCAACGACAAGUUCAACGCUGCUAGGAGCUACAAGUAG